UUUCCUGGUUUUGGUGGGGAGAGACCGGGGGAUUGGAGCAGACGAGUCCAUCUGUACGCCGCUCACAGCGCUUCCGUCGGUCGGAAUAUCCUGCCGUUUUCUUCAGAAACUUGGAAACUGUACGCGAUGCUUGAAUGCUAGAACCGCCCGAUACCCCCCUCCUCUCUUUAGUUUCUUUCCCUUUUUAUUCUUCUUUCCUUAAAGGCGUUUCAAACGUCUUUGUCUCAGGAAACUAGCGCUACAUUCACAGAAAAAAAGUCCUGAGAUUUACUGCAGGAUUAACAGACACAGAUUAGUGAGUCAACAUCUAUGGCGCUCUUGUGACCAAAAGCAUCAUCAUGAGCAUACUGCCCCCUGUACGGAAAGACCGCAUUAUCAGCCAGCUUCCUCAGUGCUUCAACAAAGGUGCUGCUUUGAACACAGAGGAUGAAUUCCACGGCAAGGUGAAGACGGCCUGUCAGCAGCAGAGGACAGGAACUGUGGGUAGGUUUAAGAUCUCCAAGGUCAUUGUAGUGGGUGAUCUGGCGGUGGGGAAAACCUGUCUGAUUAAUAGAUUUUGUAAAGAUGUCUUUGACAAAAAUUACAAGGCCACCAUUGGUGUGGACUUUGAAAUGGAGAGGUUUGAAGUUCUUGGGGUGCCUUUCAGUUUACAACUGUGGGACACUGCAGGACAGGAGAGAUUCAAAUGCAUUGCCUCUACAUACUACAGAGGAGCUCAGGCUGUAAUCAUUGUGUUUGAUUUGACGGAUGUGGCUUCACUGGAGCAUACAAGGCAAUGGCUGGAGGAUGCAAUGAAAGAGAAUGAUCCUACCAGUGUAUUACUCUUCUUGGUAGGCACAAAGAAAGAUCUGAGCUCUCCUGCACAGUAUACGCUUAUUGAGCAGGACGCCAUUAAACUGGCAGAUCAGAUGAAAGCAGAGUACUGGGCUGUGUCCGCCUUGUCUGGGGAGAAUGUAAGAGAGUUUUUCUUCAGAGUGGCAUCUUUAACGUUUGAGGCAAAUGUCCUGGCAGAGCUGGAGAAAAGUGGAGCCAGGCGUAUUGGGGAAGUUGUUCAAAUCAACAGCGACUCAAAUAACAUGCAUGCAACUUCCAAGAAGAAACAGACCAAGUGUUGUCAGUAAAGACUGGCCAUGUGAAAAUGCAAACAUUUGCACCAAUAUAUAAUAGUACCAAAGCAAAACAUACACAUAAAUGUACAUAUACAUACAUUGGGAGAAUAUACAAGAUAAGAAAAGUUGGAUGGACAAUAUUCCAACUAUGCGACUGUACACAGAGCAGCGUGGUUUGUUAUUCAUAAGGUGCAACUGAAUAUCUGCUGGAUGAAAGAAAACAUUCCUUUGUUGGUUUGCAUUUUUUGUGGCAAAGCAGUAUUCGGUUUCUCCAAGAGAUCUAUGCACAAUAAUAAGUGAUUAUUCAAUUGUGUUCAUUAAAAAUAGGCUACAUAUUAGCUCAUGUUUUUCUUAGUUUACAGUCAGUAGUGAUUUUAAAAGGUACACAAGAGGAUCGUGCAUGAGUUGCAUGAAAAGCAAUAAUAGUGAUACAUGUAUUUUUUUAUAUCAAAAAUCCUGUUUAUUAAAAGGGUAAUUUUCCUUAAAAAGUGAUAUUGAAUUUUUUUGAUACGUGUUCAAAUUAUUGCUUUAAAUACUUUAAAAGUAUAAGGGCUUAUAUAUUUUGUUUCCUGUGAUUGACAUUUUUAUUCAUAAUAAAAUGUUUCUCCUUAAAUGAGCC